GCUGUUUGAUUGAGCAAAGCUUAGAUGGACAGUGAACAUGGCAGAUCACACCAGGAUAUGAACCAGGAAAAGAAAGGAGCCAAAGGACCUCAAGUCACGCUGCUGUCUGUCGGGGCCAUCUAUCCUGGGCGGUCCUUUCCAAACUGGAAGGUGGCGUUCAGCAACGCCCGCAGCCUCAGAGAUGUCGUGAGAUGUUGGGCCAAUGCCUACAUGGGUGUGGACCUCUCCCAGGAGGUGCCAGAAGGUGCUCAGGCACUGGCCGAUGGCAAACCAUUGAACCUGGAGAGAACAGUGGGAAGCCUCCGGGAGACUCUGUCAGUGCGACAAGGCGCGUACAGCUUUGAGAUUUCGUGGCCAGCAGAGACAUUGCCGGAUGCGCCGACGGCAGCGGCACCUAAGAAGUCGGGAGCAUCAAAGCUUCGCAGGCUUCAUCCCAGUGCUCGAUACUGCCAUGUGGACCGUAGGGUGAUGGGCUGGGGCUCAUCUACCACGCACAAGGCCAAGAUUGCAGCGGGCACCUAUGCGGAUACAAUAGGUCAUUUCCCGGAGGCAGAGCUUGCUGCGCAAAUGCGCACGCCGCCACCCCUUCCCAAAGAUGGAGAGGUUGCUUUACAAGGUUGCUUGUUGGCCGCCAUAGGCGAUGACAACAAGGCAUUAUUCCACGCGCGGCUCAUAGGGCCACAGAAUGAAGUGCUCAACUGGGAGGCAACGUGCAGACGGUGCGAGAGGGUAAGUCUGGCAAGGAAGACAGACAAGCAGGCCCCACAAGUGCCGUAUCCCGUGUUCAUUCCAACUUGCGGCCGCCCUGAAAAGGCACACCUAAAUUGGCAAGCGGCGCACGUUUUCGGAUGUCAGCAGGAGACGGCGCUGGGUCUUCAGCCUGUGGUGUGCAUGGUGGUCGAACCUGAAGAAGAGGAGCGCUAUAGGGCGUUCUGGCCAUCCUCCCUUAUGCUGAUUCUUCCAGAGAGCAACCGUGGCCCAGGCUACGCCAGAUGGGUAGUGCAGCGAGUGUGUACAAGAUCUUACGUUGUGGGAGAUUCAAAUUGUGGUGACAGACAUGAAGACAACCUUCGCCGGCUGUACAGAAUCUGGAUUGCCGACGACACCCUGACGAUGUUUUAUAGGCUCGCCUUGAUGGACAAGUACGUUGGUUGUGGUCGGUUGCAAAGGCCCAAGAGGAUGAAGCACCGAGUCGCCAGCAAAGGGCAGAUGUUUUUGGAGGCUUUGUUGGCCAUUCAGCGGCAUCCAUUCAGCACGAGGGCCGCUGUUGCUGGAUUUCUGCGAGAUGACGGCACGGCUGUUUGCAAGCGUAAUGAUUGGAAGCUCGAUGAGAUGGCUUUGUACAAGAUUGUUCUCCUGGACUUGCCUGAGCUUUGGCGUCUUGGCAUCGAAUACAUGCCGCAGCUGCGGAUGUAUGAGGACAUUUGCUUGAACCAUGACGUGCUGAGCAAGGGCGGUCGCACGCUGAAGUGUCAAUGCUAUGGCUUCCGGGCUGUCCAUGCAAAGAAGGGCGGCUGCCUGGAGCAACGCCACGGUCGCCACAAGUCGGGGCAGACGAGGCUCAAGGACCUGGUCAAGAAGUCGGAGUUCGGAAGCGUGGCCAAAGACAGGCAGAAGGCAGUUCGCGAGCUGCUUCAAUGGGUAAGAGACAAGGAGGUCCUCUUUCAAAAGAGGACAACUCAGGAGAAGCCCGCCAUGGACACUCCCAACUCCGCGGACAGGAAAGAGCAACCCAGCGAGGAAUUGCCUAGAGAGCAAAGUAGCCUUGGUGCAGGACCUUUCGAGGCCUUUGAAGUGAGCAGUGCAGAGAGCGAAGAUGAGGUAGUGCGGAGCUUGCACUCAUCACCGGAGGAUCUUGAAAUGAUCACACACGCGCACAACAAGCCUAUAUCUUGGGGCUCUCAAAAGGGUUGAACCAUGAGACCAAAUGAAAGAGGCAUGGCUUGUAGUGCCAUCAUAAUUUGUCAUGAUGACCAGAGACAUGCGGCCACGAUCCUUGAAAGGCGCUAUGCGCUUUGGUUCAUGUUGGCUUUGGGACGUUUGCCUUUAAUUGACUUGCACGGCCUGUUUGUACAAAUGUUGCAGCAAUUCGCUUACUUGCUUAAGCAAUAUGUUUGGUGCAGUACGGGUUGCUUGAGGCUGAGAAGAUUGAUUCAGGCU